AUGUUGCUGCUGCUGCUUCUCGUUUCUGGCGCGAUUCUUUGUGAAUCUGAUGCCCAAACAGAAGAUGCCCAGCCUACUGAAGAGAGCCAACUUCAGGACAUUCAGAAAAAAGUCAAUGACCUCUGGAUGAGUUUGCUCUACCCGCAGCUCUAUGAGGAGCUACUUGCCGCAAACCGGAGUGCUUAUGCCACUUGUACAGUGAAACCCAGCACCAAGCUAGAUGCAAGCAUGCCACAAGUGACGGGGCAAGUUCUGUUCAGACAGACCUACCCUUAUGGAAGAUUGGAGGCCAUUUUCUAUUUAGAUGGGUUUCCUACAGGUGCCAACUUGUCUGGCAGAGCAAUUCAUGUCCACCAGCAUGGAGACUUGAGUGACAGUUGCAACUCUGCUGGGGGACACUACAAUCCUCUUAAAGUCAAUCACCCUCACCAUCCUGGGGACUUUGGCAACUUCUACUCUAAGGAAGGCAAAAUUAUGAAAUAUAAGGCCAACCUCAUGGCCACGCUCUUUGGCCCACGCACUAUUGUGGGAAGAUCGAUUGUGAUCCAUGAGCAGGAAGAUGAUCUGGGGAAAGGAAACAACAAAGCCAGUUUAGAGAACGGGAAUGCUGGCAAACGCCUGGCUUGCUGUGUCAUUGGAACAUGCAACAACAAUCAAUGGGAAAAGCGGUUUUUUGAGAUUAUACAGAAAAGGAAGAAAAGGCUCACAAAACGUGCACAAAACAGCCCAGCUUAGGUGAAGACCAAAGAAGGAAGCAGCACUUCACAAUGGAUUUCAUAUCUGCCAAGCGGGUUGCUAAACUAAAGGUUUCCUGCUUUCCUUGAGGUUAAGAUAUGCCUAUUGCUCUCUCAUAGUCCUCCAUUCUGUAAGUAGAUUAAUAAUAAUAAUAAGAAGAAAGUAGCAGUAUAUUCUUUCAAAGUUUAUAUUCAAGCUCUCCACCCCCACCCAGCUUCAAAAUUUAGUCUUGCUAUAGUAAGAAAGGCUAUAUGCUUUGCCACUGAAAUCUUGAGCAAUCCCUGUUUAUUGUGUGACCUAUCUGUUAAAAGAAUCUCACAAACAAGAAAGCUGUAGGAACAAAAGGUAAAAAUAAACGUCUUCAACUAA